AUGUACCGGGACCCUGUAGUGCCGUAUGUCAGCUACUUCUAUUCUCCCCGCGAUGAUCGAAGUCGGCGAGACCCUACCAAGCGCGCGACCGCGAUAUCUAUGGCAGCACUGGAGUUUAAAUACAAAUUGCCAGAGUUUACUUUCAACAUUGGGUUGGGUGCAUUCCGUGAAUGGUUGAUACGAGCUCUUCUCAAUCCGCAGUAUAUCAGCAUUGGACACAGUACCUAUGAUGGACGAAGACUCGCUCAUAUUCUAGGUGCCAGAUAUCUUUCUCUCAAUUUUGCUCUACCGGAUGAUCCGAUGCCCAACGUUCUCGUCCUCGGCGGCUCCGGCUACCUAGGCUUAGCUAUAUCCCAAGCGCUCCUGUCGUCUGGCAACUACACCGUCUGGGGUUCCGCUCGCACUCCUGAAAAAGCGAAACUACUUCUCCAGAAUGAAAUUAGUCCCGUCCAAGUGGAUAUAACAGAUCAGGAGACGCUGGCUUCUACCAUUGCAGAAAACAACAUUGACAUUGUCGUCGAGACUACUAUGGCGUUCGGGCAGGCAGGUGACAUGCUGGAAGGGGUGAAAAAAGCCGCAGGCAGGCGUCAAGACGGAUUGCGACAGCGAGGCCACCUCGGUCCCAAGUUGGCCUUUGUCUACUGCUCCGGGAUCUGGAUCCAUGGAUCGCCGUCCUCGCGAGUGAGCGAUCUCUCCCCUGUCACGAAGGAGAAGGCAGCUCGAAUCGUCACGUGGCGUCCCGCGCACGAACAAGCCAUUCUUGCAUCUCGAGAUGUGUUGGAUGUCGCCAUUAUCAGACCGGGAAUCGUCUAUGGGCGUGGUUCCUGGAUCUGGAGCACAUGGUGGGCCUCCAUUUUGAACGCAAAACGAAGCGGAGCUGGCACUGAAGCAAUCCGCAUUCCGGCUGAUAUUGACGCACGACCAGCGACUGUGCACGUCGAUGAUGUUGCAGCGGGUUUUCGUGCUGCCAUCGAUCGAGUUGACGGACUACUUGGCUCCUGGCCGGUGUUUGACCUAGUGACGGAGACGGUUGGUGCGCAGGAUAUCGUUGAAGCAGCAAAAGCCGCCUUGGGUGUUGAAGGGCCUGUGGAGUACACUGGUCCCCAGGGAGAUAUUUUUAUGGAGGCGAUGAGUACAGUGAGUAAUUCAGACACAGGUAGGGCAAGGGCAGUCUUGGGAUGGGUGCCAAAACGGAGCGAAUUUGUCUUAAACAUGUCCAUGUAUGUGCGCGCGUGGGAGGCGGCACAGGCAUAG